AUAACUGUGUUCGUAUCUUGUCAUGUAGUAGCUACAAUGUGAUGAGUUAUGCAUGCUUGUCAAUUUUAUUGCUUUGAUGUUUGUAACCUACUACUACAGGUGACAAAAAUUCCUAAGACAUUUUCGACUGUGACGAGUUACAUGAAACUUUCAUUCCUUCGUUUGUGAAUGAAAAACUUAAUUCAAUUGGUGGGCAUGUGGAGUUUUGCAUGGUAAAUUUGUACACUCACUCCCCAACUUCUUGUAUUUCACUAGAGGUUGUGACAGACAUGAUUGGAGCUUUGGAUUUGCUCAAUUCUCUUAAAUCUUUACUUCGUGAGGUUGGUUUUGCUAAUGAAAGGUCACAAUUAGUUCUAAAAGAUUGUCUUCGUAAACUGGGGUCACUUCGUAAAUUUUGUGUUCCUAAUUUGAAAAUUUUGGAGAAAAUAAGGAAAUUCUGCUUGGCAAAUGCUUCCUUAAUAUUUUGCAUCGUGUCAAGCUCUGCUAAAUUGCAGACACAGAAAAAGGCACCCUUGCAUUUGUUAGUGAUUGAUGAAGUCGCUCAGCUUAAAGAAUGUGAAUCAGCAAUUCCUUUGCAACACCCGGGUCUUCGCCAUGCUGUUCUCAUAGGAGAUGAGAGGCAACUCCCUGCUAUGGUUAUAAGCAAGAUCUCCGAGAAGAGAAGGGUGGUUUUGGAAGAAGUUUGUUCGGAAGACCUCUACUGUUGGGACAUGAGAGGCACCUUCUCAAUGUCCGGUAUAGAAUGCAUCCAUCAAUCAGCUUAUUCCCAAAAAUGGAGUUUUACAACAACCGGAUAUUAGACGGUCCAAAUGUCAAGCAAAGAAGCUAUGAGAAGUGCUUUCUUUCUGGAAAAAUAUAAGAAUGCUACUCCUUUAUAUGAUGUAGCCAAUGGACAAGAAGAAUUUGAUUGCGGGCAUAGUCGUAAAAAUAUGGUUGAGGUUGCUGCAGUCUGUGAAAUUGUUGCAAGCCUUUACAGAGGUAAUUUUUGCUGUAUUCUAGUGUAGAUGUUCUUGACUGCUUCAGUUAUGCUUGUAAUGCUUGGAAGGUUUUUCUGUAACUAUUUUUAUGGACCACAGAAUUUAUUCGAACAAAAAAGAAGGUUAGUGUUCUGGUAAUAUCAUCUUACAAAGCUCAAGUUAAUGCAAUUCAAGAGAGAGAGAGAAUUACAGUGGAGUUUCUGGCACUGAUGGUUCUCUGUAAGGGUUCAAUCUGUUGAUGGUUUCCAAGAUGGUGAAGAUGAUGUGAUAAUUAAUAUUAUCUCCAGAGUCAGAUGUAAUGAGAAAGGAUAUGUAGGUUUCAUAUCCAAUCCUCAAAGAGCAAACGUGAUGCUAACGCGUGCAAGGUGCUUCUGUCACAUUGCGGUUGUACAUGUAGUAGCUUAGGUGUACUGUCUGAAUUUUUGGUGCUUCUGAUGAAGUUGAUUUGUUUCUUUGUGUCUGUUGACACUGUCUUUGGAUUUUGGGGAAUGAAGCGACUUUGAUUAGAACUAACUCUAUUUGGAAGAAACUAAUUCUUGACGCAAAGAAACGCAAAUGUUUUUAUAAUGCUGAUGAGGACAAGAACUUGGCUUAGGCCAUUGCAGCUGCCCUCAUGGAGCUUGGCCAACUUCAUAUUCCACUUGAUUCCGAUUCUCUGCUGUUCAAAAAUGCCAAAUGGAAGGUGUGCUGCUACGUUUCCUUUCCGUUUGAAUUAUAUUGGACUGCUGUUCUGCAUGCCGCCAAUAUAUAGUGUUAUG